AUGCACAGCAAGACAAUCGCGCUCGCCAUGGCCGCUGCUAGCAGCGUUGCUGCUCAGCGACCCACAGACACCCCCAUCUGUGAUUACUACACAACAGCUCUGCUCAAGGAAAACACGGCAGAGAACCAGUAUACUCUGCUGACGCUUCUGGUUAACACAGUGGUCAUUGGAAACUACACCGAGCCAAACACUGGCGUCGCGGUCCCUGGAAUCUUGGCCAAGGGAGACUUUAUGGGUACCUCUGUGAACCUCUUGCCUUACUUCAAUGGCGAUCUCGCCUCUACAAACCGUGGUGGUGAUAAGGGUGAGUCUGUUAACUUCCUCGACGGCGGUGGUGCCGCUCCCCUGAUGGAGAACAAGCCUGCCAACUCGGAGAAGUCGAGGCAACACUUCCUCCUCACGCAUCUCUAUCAGUUCUUUGGUUCACUUCUCGGCUGCUCCAAGUACUCAAUGCCCGGCUUCCCCGCCUAUGGAGGUGAUGCCUCUAUGUACGAGGUGCACAAGUUUAUGGAUCUCGACCCUUCUGAGAUGGGCUACUUCAUUCAGCAAGUUGCCUUAGCCGCUGAAUCCUUCGGUGUCGCCAAGGAUGACAUCACUGCAGUUGGCAAGGCCCUGACCGACCUUUUCAACUUCAAGUGCUUGCCCGCUGCCGAGGUCAUCCCAGGCCAAGGCAAGCAGCUACAGUCGAUCUGCAUCGCUGAGGAUUGUCCUGAAGCCAAGGAUGCCCAGUGCGACCUGUACAAGGGUGCUGUAGCCCCCGAGCCCGCUCACGGUGGCAGCAACGCUACUAUGACCUCGUCUACUCCCACCAGCGGCGCAACGGGCCAGCCUACGACUGUCCCAACUGAUAUUCCCGGUGGCGCCGCGUCCAACUCUAUCAGUCUGAUCGCUCUCGCCGGAGCCUUCGUUGCAUUCAUGAUUUGA